CUAAUAAUAGGAGAUGUUUGCUAAGUAAUUUGCCUCUUCCUUGGCCAAUGAGAACCAGAUCACUUUUCCACCAAACCACCCUUUUCACGAUUUGCAGAGGGGCUAGCUUCUCCAAAUGUCACUGCUACGGGAUCAGAGGCAGACUUAAAUAUCUGCUCGAGACUUUACUUCGAAAAGUUGUUUUAUAAGCUAUCAGGACGGAUGAAGACUCAAGGAUCUAUACGGAUUUGGGCACAUAAUGUUGGGAUGGAGUUGCAAGACUUUGGCUCAAGGAAAGACUAGUAUAUAUUCUCCUAAUUUCUACCCGGUGGAUGCGCUAGUAUUCUAUCUUGGAUUAUUGUCGCUUUUGCUGAACUCGCACUGUUUCUCUCUCGCUUCGCUCUGUGCUUUGUUUUUCUUGUUUGGACUAUGGCCUCGGAUCCCAGAGUCCCAGGGGCCGGUGUUUUUGGAGAUUUACCCCCAAGUUAUACACGUUCUCCGCCGCGAGUAAACUCAGAUCUUCUCCGGAGACCCAGUUACUGCCACGCUGCUUUCGCAUUAAAACAGAUUUCUAAGGGGACGGCUGUGGGUCAGAAAGCCCCGUUGUGGAUUCGGGCGAGGUUCCAGGCUCUUCUCUUUUCUUUGGGCUGUCACAUCCAGCGACAUUGUGGAAAAGUCCUUUUCAUUGGACUGCUUGUGUUCGGUGCCUUGUCUGUGGGUUUGCGGGUUGCUGCCAUCGAGACGGACAUUGAGCAACUAUGGGUGGAAGCCGGUAGCCGAGUGAGUCGGGAGCUGCGCUACACCAAGGAGAAGCAAGGAGAGGAGUCUGUGUUCACGUCGCAGAUGCUCAUACAAACCCCCAAACAGGAAGGAACUAACAUUCUAACCCAGGAUGCUUUGCUGCUUCACCUGGAGGCAGCGCUCUCGGCCAGCAAGGUCCAGGUGUCUCUGUUUGGAAAAUCAUGGGAUCUUAAUCAAAUCUGCUACAAAUCUGGAGUCCCUAUCAUAGAGAAUGUCAUGAUUGAAAGGAUGAUUGACAAGCUGUUCCCCUGUAUGAUUGUUACCCCACUGGACUGUUUCUGGGAAGGUGCAAAGCUCCAGGGGGGGUCGGCAUACUUACCGGGGAUGCCGGACAUCCAGUGGAUGAACCUGGACCCUCUGAAGCUGAUGGAGGAGCUCAGCCAGUUCACCAGUCUGGAGGGCUUCAAGGAGAUGCUGGACAAGGCCCAGGUGGGCCACGCCUACAUGAACCGCCCCUGCCUGGAUCCCAAUGACUCCGACUGCCCCCUCAGCGCACCCAACAAGGACCUGAGAGAGAGUCCUGACAUUUCUGGGCAGCUCCAAGGCGGUUGCCACGGCUUCUCCAAAAAGUUCAUGCACUGGCAGGAGGAGCUGAUCCUGGGCGGUCGGGUCAAGGACACCCAGAAUGCUUUGCAGAGUGCGGAGGCCCUCCAGACCAUGUUUCUCCUGAUGAGCCCCAAGCAGCUCUACGAACACUUUAAGGACGACUAUGAGAUCCAUGACAUCAACUGGAACGAGGACAAGGCCACCGCCAUCCUGGAGUCCUGGCAGAGGAAGUUCGUGGAGGUGGCUCAUGGCAGUAUCCCCCAGAACUCCACUUCAGAGAUCCACGCCUUCUCCACCACCACCCUCAACGACAUCAUGAAGUCCUUCUCUGAUGUCAGUGUCAUUCGGGUGGCUGGAGGCUACCUGCUCAUGCUGGCCUAUGCCUGUGCGACCAUGCUCCGUUGGGACUGUGCCAAGUCCCAGGGGGCCGUGGGGCUGGCUGGUGUGCUCCUGGUGGCUCUGUCUGUGGCAGCUGGCCUGGGGCUGUGCUCUCUGCUGGGCCUGUCCUUUAACGCUGCCACCACACAGGUUCUUCCCUUCCUGGCUCUGGGGAUCGGUGUGGAUGACAUGUUCCUUCUGGCCCACUCCUUCACUGAGACUGGCAUCAACAUCCCCUUUAAGGAGAGAACGGGGGACUGCCUGAGGAGGACUGGCACCAGCGUGGCGCUCACCUCCAUCAACAACAUGAUCGCCUUCUUCAUGGCAGCCCUGGUCCCCAUCCCAGCACUGCGCGCCUUCUCUCUGCAGGCGGCCAUUAUUGUGGUGUUCAACUUCGCCAUGGUGCUUCUUAUCUUCCCGGCCAUCCUGAGUUUGGACCUGCACCGUCGGGAGGUCAAACGUCUGGACAUCCUAUGUUGUUUCUACAGCCCCUGCUCCUCCCGGGUCAUCCAGAUCCAACCCCAGGAGUUCUCCGAUGCCAACGACAACACCACCCAUAGCCACGCGCCUGGCGCCCAGACUACAACGACCUACACAGGCUCCACCAUCACCACUAGCACCCAGAUCACCACCACCGUCCAGGCCUUCACGCAGUGUGACGCUGCGGGCCAGCACAUAGUCACCAUCCUGCCCCCCACCUCCCAGAUCUCCACCAGCCCUCCAUCUGUGGUGGUGGCCACCUCCCCCGCUCCCCCCUCCCCCACCGACCCCUACGGCUCCCAGCUCUUCACCCCCUCCAGCUCCACGCGGGACCUCCUGGCCCAGAUGGACGAGUCCAAGGAGGCCAGGGAGUGUGUUCCUCUCCCCUUCUUCCGCUGGAACCUGUCAAGCUUCGCCCGGGAGAAGUACGCUCCUCUCCUCCUAAAGCCAGAGAGCAAGGUGGUGGUCGUGGUCCUCUUCGUGACUCUGCUGGGGCUCAGCUUGUACGGGACCACCAUGGUUCAUGACGGACUCUACCUGACCGACAUUGUGCCCCGCGACACCAAGGAGUACGACUUCAUCAACGCCCAGUUCAAGUACUUCUCUUUCUACAACAUGUACCUGGUGACCAUGGACGGCUUUGACUACGCCCGCUCCCAGCGUCUCCUCAUCCAGCUGCACAACUCCUUCACCUCGGUCAAGUACGUGGUGAGGGACAGCGACCAGCAGCUACCCCGGAUGUGGCUGCACUAUUUUCAGGACUGGCUAAGAGGACUGCAGGCUGCCUUCGAUGCAGACUGGGAGGCAGGCAGGAUCACCUGGGAUAACUACCGUAAUGGCACUGAGGAUGGUGUUCUGGCCUACAAGCUGCUCAUCCAGACCGGCUCCAAGAAGGACCCCUUCAACUACAACCAGCUGACUUCGCGUCGUCUGGUGGACGAGGACGGUUUAAUUCACCCAGACGUCUUCUAUAUCUACCUGACUGUGUGGGUGAGCAACGACCCCCUGGGCUAUGCUGCCUCUCAGGGUAACUUCUACCCUCACCCCCGUGAGUGGAUCCACGACAAGUACGAUACCACCGGAGAGAACCUGCGCAUCCCUGCCGCAGAGCCCCUGGAGUUUGCCCAGUUCCCCUUCUACCUGAAUGGCCUGAGGCAGGCAUCCGACUUCAUUGAGGGUAUUGAGAGCGUGCGCACCAUCUGCGAGGAGUUCACCCGUAAAGGCGUGCUCAACUACCCCAACGGGUACCCCUUCCUGUUCUGGGAGCAGUACAUCGGCCUGCGACACUGGUUCCUCCUGGCGGUCAGCGUGGUGCUAGCCUGCACCUUCCUGGUCUGUGCCAUCCUCCUGCUCAACCCCUGGACCGCUGGCAUCAUUGUCUUCAUCCUGGCCAUGAUGACGGUGGAGCUCUUCGGUAUCAUGGGCCUGAUCGGCAUCAAACUCAGUGCCAUCCCAGUGGUCAUCCUCAUCGCCUCUGUAGGCAUCGGCGUCGAAUUCACCGUCCAUAUCGCACUGGCCUUUCUGACGGCCGUAGGGAAUAGGAACAGGCGUUCUGCGGUGGCCCUGGAGCACAUGUUUGCCCCUGUGAUUGACGGGGCCAUCUCUACUUUGCUGGGAGUCCUAAUGCUGGCUGGCUCCGAGUUUGACUUCAUCCUGAGGUACUUCUUUGCGGUGCUGGCUAUCCUGACCGUGCUGGGUAUCCUGAAUGGACUGGUGCUGCUACCCGUGCUGCUUUCCCUCAUGGGCCCACCCCCGGAGGUCACCCCGUCCGACAACGGCAGCUGCCUGUCGCCAGGGCCCCUCCCCCCUCCCAUGACCCACCACGGCUACUACGCAGGACACGGCCCACUCAGCCCGCGACAACAGGCCUUCUCAGAGUCCUCCGAGUCAGAGUGCUACUCUGAGACGACUACCACGUCAGGGAUAGGGGAGGAGUACAAGUACGGUGACCGCAGUCCUUACAUCACCCCUCCUACCUCCCACAUACUGCUGGAGGCCAGCAAGAACCCCAGCUUCCCCAAGCUCACGGUGGUGAAACCGUUCCAAGGGAACCAAUCUGUAACUGCUCAGAAAGAACUCUUAAAUGAAUCUUCUCCGAAUGCGGUUAACUCGGUCAGCUCUCAACUCAAGCAGUGGGAUAACAAACAUGAUUACAAUUCUGACCAGGGACCCAGGUGGGAACAUUUACCCAGUGACAGGACCCAAGGUCCUGGGAGGACUAAUCACUGUGGUCCCAGGUCUCAGACACACAAAGGGCCUCAGAACAGGACUAAGAUGCCGGCCUAUAAUGGCGGUACCAUGCCCAGUAGUUCUGUUACUACCAUGGUUACGGCCACAGCCUCGGUGACUGUGGCGGUGCACCCCAGCGUGCCGGGGGCCUACCAGGGUUACAUGCAUGAGGGCUACGAGGACAGUGAAUCAGACUGUUUUAAGGACACUAAGAGGACUUCACAAUCUUGUGGGAAAGCUCCCCAAUCUUCCAAGCGUGAAUCCUUGGAGCUUCAAGACCUGGAAUCUGUACAGAACCACUAUCAGGCAAACCAGGCACAAGGUGGCCCAUGGAUCCAGGCAGCCAAAGAUUGCUAGACACCCUGCUACUCCACCCUGCUACCCCACCCUGCUACCCCACCCUGCCCCUAUGUCUGGAAUCCUUCUCUGGCUGCCUCCGAUACCCAGCCCGUUCUCUUUGAUCUGUACAUAGACCUCACACAGACAAGAGGAUUUAUUUGUAAAGAUAUUAAAAAAAGGUCUUGUUUUAAGAAUAUAUAAAUAUAUGAGUAUAUAUUUUAAUACUAAAAAGAGGGAAACAACUAUUUAAAAGAGUACUGUAUAACUUGGCUAUUCUCUUGUGUUGUGUAGAGUCAGAUAUAUAAGAUUAUUGGGGGGGGGUCCUCCCUUUGUAUAGAUUUAGAAGAUGCUAUAUGUAAAACAGUUCAGAGUCAGGGGUUAUUAAGAUAUUAGGUUGUUGAAAAUACAAGGCCAGUGUUUGUUUUUUUGCUGCUACACUUCAAAUAAUGGAAAUCAUUUGCAGUACCCCCCUCCCCCGAUCUAAGUUGAGAUAUUCUAGAUGUUCUUACACUGAGAGUGGAGGGUGCCUUAUUGAUUAAGCUCCAUAACACACACACACACACACACACACACACACACACACACACACACACACACACACACACACACACACACACACACACACACACACACACACACACACACACACACACACACACACACACACACACACACACACACACACACACACACUAGCUAUGAUCUAUUCAGAUGAUCCAUUGUUGGUCAUUGAUUGCACUGUACAAAUACAAAAACAAGCUCAGUAAAUAUUUUCUUCCUCUUCUACCAAUAACAACCAUUGUGCCUUCACAACACCUACCCUCUUGGAAUUCAUAAGCACAGUAUAUAUAUUCAAAGUUGGAUGUAAAUAUGAUAUCUGUCCUGUUUGUUUGAGAGCAUCAUUUCAUACCUUUUUUUCACAUUUAGAAUCACCUGAUAUGUACAAGACGUGUCUUCAUUUACUGGUAUGAUAUGAUGCAAAUACUAUUAGCAAAACAAUAGCAUAUUCUCCUUUGGUUUCUUCCAUAAUACACAGGCUGCUCAUCCAGAAUAAAGCCCGUGUUCAGACAGUAAAUUAAUAUAUUACCAUGUAUUGGUCCAUUUCAAUCACCUGAAGCUCUGUAUGUCUGUAUGCAGUCAGUAACUUGACUUGGUGUCACUUUGGGUUGAAGUUUCUUGAGCGUCGUUCAUUGUGUCCCAGCUCACUGGCAUGUUGCAUUAUGAUCGUUGUCUCGUUGUUAUUUUGCAGUCUACAUGUUUUAUUACUUGAAGGAGCUAUGAGAAGAGGUUUUUGGCUUUCCUGGGGUUAUCUAAGCUGUACUUUGGGUAAGGCUAACUUUGUUGUCAACCCCCCUCCAACUCGACUGGGGUCUAAGGGGUCAUAUUUGACUAAUGCUGGUUGUUUACCCAAUUUUAUUCUGAAAGGGAAUUUAUAUCAAAUGCAAAGGGAGGUUUUUGUUUUCUUCUAAAUGUUUUGGCUGCUUUAGGUUUGUGGUAGACAUUAUUUCAACCCUGUGCAAUUGUUGACUAGGUAGUGCAUUUUGUGCAGAGAACUACUCCAAGAACCACUUACUCUCUCUCUCUCUCUCUCUCUCUCUCUCUCUCUCUCUCUCUCUCUCUCUCUCUCUCUCUCUCUCUCUCUCUCUCUCUCUCUCUCUCUCUCUCUCUCUCUCUCUCUCUCUCUCUCUCGUUGUUGUAGCUCACAUGCAAGCCAGCAUUUCUGUGAUUUUGUUUUUGUUUAAUUUGUACGUUUUGUAUUAUGGACAAAGUUCAGUCGUUCAGUAUUGGUCACAUCACUGCCAAUUUAAAUGCAGGGAAAUGUAAUAGAUUUAAGUGGCAGCUUGGGUUUCUUUGGUACAUAGAGUUAUGAAAGAAAAGUAAAGUAGCGACUGUGCAUUCUGGAAGUAAACAACAAAAUAAUAAGAGAACAACCUACAUUCAUUCACUGCUUCAAUACAUAAAUACCUGAGUGUGUAAGUUAUAUGAGUGGGAGGAUGGGGGUUCGUUCAAAUGUGUGUCAUGCCAUAUAAAUUAUUUAUAUAAAUUUUUAUUUUUGUAGUUUGUACAGAUGUUAGUCACUAGACUGAAGUUCUAUUUUUAAAGAGUAAAUAUAUAUUAUAUAUAAUUAUAUCUAUUGUUACAGAUUUGUUUUUUUGUUGUUUUUGUUUGUUUGGUUGCUAUUAUUUU